AUGUGUUUAAGCUACAACAGGUCUAGCGAAGAAAUCAGCCAGUACGAAUUGCAGCUUGAGCAAGUCAAGGAGACGCUUACAGCUGAUCCGACAAACGCAGAUCUACUUGGACUUAAGGAUGAAUUAAUGAACAUUAUCGAUCUACUUAAAGCAGCUUCGGCUCCUGCUCCAUCCGCAUCCACCUCAUCUCAAGCAGAAUCAUCACGCUCUAGCACUGCAAUUGAGCCCGAGGCUGUUUCGUUUAAGGCAGGUGAAGACGUAUUGGCAAAAUAUAAAGAUGGUAAAUUCUACCCAGCGACAAUCAAAGCCGUUUCAGGCAUACAUCCAAAGAUAGUAUACACGAUCAACUUCAGAGGAUAUCAGGGUACAGAGCAAGUACAGCCGAACAUGAUAAAAGCUAUGGAUGCCCAUACAAAAAUAAAUAUGACUAACAAGCGACAAAGAGAUUCACAGAAAUCCUUGACGUCGAUUGAGGAUGAUAAGGAGAAAGACAAAAAGCGUAAGAAGAACGAGAAGAAGGCGGUAGUUAGAGAGCAGAAGAAUAGUGAAAUGAAUGAUAAGCAGAACAACUGGCAAAAGUUCGCGAAGAAGGCAAACAAGAAAGGUAUACACAUUGCUGGAUCUGAAGGCAAAAGCAUAUUUAAAACACCCGACAAUCCAUACGGCAGAGUUGGUGUUACAGGCUCAGGUAAACCGAUGACCGAGCAAAAAACUGUAAGAGAUAAGCACAUAUUCAACCAAAGCUUAGAAGAUCAAUGA